GGGCAUGGACUGCUAACUUCAGCCUAGCUGGCCAUGACUUCCGGUACAAAGCGCGCGCUGAGAGUUUGUUUUUGAAGUUGUUGUAGCAAGUCGGUGAUAAACUUUUAGUCUAGGGUUGAUUGUUAUUGUCAUGCUUAUCCGACGCUGAUAUCAUCAUGGACAUCGAAGAUGAAAGGAUGUUAGAUGAGGUGCACUCCAUUGCAACCCAUGCCAAGUUAGAACUGAGCAACCUAGCAGGACAUCCACAAUGCAUCUACUUUGGGGAGGAGUUGAACCCAUCGUCUUUUCGGCUACUUGAGGUCGACAACACCAUUUUGAAUGAUGUGAUCGAAGGUCAAAGGCUUGUUAUCCGAGGAGACAAGACUGAUCACGCAGUCCUCUGCACUGACACCAAGACUUAUGACCUCAAAGUUGCUGACACAUCCAAUACAUUGCUCGUCCUCCAAGACUGUUUCACAAAAGACAACUUACCGAGUGGUGAAGACAGAUUGCAUACAAAAAGAGUUACAGGUGUUUUGCAUUCCUACCUCGAAUUGCGCCCUCUGAGGCCGAGACUGAAGAAGCUCCACACGCUCCUGCAGGAGAACCCAUUCGCCGGAUCCCUCUACGAGGAUGCCCCGGAACACUCUGGAAAGCGAUACACCAUGGACAUGCUGUUAGAUGCAGUGCAAGCCAGUGAAGGGGAGAUAAGAGAUGAGCUCACGGCGAUGAAAGCUUGUCUUAUUGAUGGCCAUUGGCGGGUCCUGGACUUUGACUACGAGUCACAGGUCUUGACUCACAUCCUUUCCUUGGUCCAAGAAAACUCUUGGUCCUACGACGAAGUCCCCUUGGAAGAAACUCUGUCCACAUUGGAAAAUCUUGAACCAAGACCUAUUUUAGAACAUUGUUUGAAAUGUUAUGGAGAUCCAACAAGAAGGAAAAAUGAUGAUGGUACUGAUGACAUUGUCUACAGUUUAGAUCCAGACAAAAUCUGCAGAUUGUUUGCAGAAAUGCUGUUGAGACCUGCUGAUAAAUUCAAUCUGACAGAAUUUCUUGAAGUUUGGCAGCAGAGUGUACCCGAGGGUAUGAUCACCACAGAACAACAGCUCAAGGGUCUUGCAUUGAUUGAUAGAUCCUGUUCCCCGCCUGUUACAUGGCACUUCCCGCUAUCAGAACUCCCAGAGACUGAACGAGAAAGGUUUGAUGUCUUGUUUAAAACGAAGGAGAAGUGGACGCUAGAUGAGAUUACUGCAUACAUUGAAGAUCUAGCAUCAGAGAAGUUAUCUGUUGGUGUACUACUCCAAAGAAACUGCCGGACAUCAGUCAACGCUGCAGGAAUCAGACUGUACAAUUCCAAAAGGCCUAUUAAGUGAUUUAAGAGACUCUCAACCCUCCAUGGCCCUUGGAAAUUCAAAACUCUUGGGGCGUUUACCCACCAUUAACUGGUGUUGGCCACCAACUAAAGCUGUCUAUGUUUCACUUGCUGCCUCCUGUGGUGAAGGCAUUAGACCAAAGACCCGGCCUGGCUAUGCAGGCCUGUGGCUAUGUUCGGAACUAGGCAUGUCUUUGAUUGGAUAGAGUGAUGGGCCGAGCUUCAAAGAUACAGCUACUAGUAUAUUACAGGUAUUUCCACUGCUUUUCAUGUCAUGGAUCGGCAAAUUAUACUCCUCUCUCACAAGAUGUGAUUAAACAAUCAAAGAAGACAAGAAAGUGUCUAACAUUACCCACAUUGACCCAAGUGACAGGACAGUGUGGAGAAGAGCCAUCAAGUCAAUGAUCUGUUCAAUCCCACAAAGUGGGAAGAACAGUUUUUAAAUGUGAUGAUGGUGAUAAUUAUGAUGAGGAUGAUGAUGAUGAUGUUAGUGAUGAUGAUGAUAGUGAUAAAGAUGAUGAUGAUGAUGAUCAUCAUCAUCAUGGUGAUGAUGAUGUUAGUGAUGAUCAUGAUGGCGAUGAUGGUAGUGAUGAUGAUGAUAGUGAUAAUAAAGGCGAUGAUGAUGAAUAAAAGAAAGCUCAAAUCAAACUGCUUUUAUAAGUGUAGUUUCAAAAGUACAUUGUAACUUGGGUUGCCUGUGUGUAAAAGUAGAGACUUGAUAUAUGACAUGAUGAGGUACGAGGCAUAGUAAAUAUUUUCAGACGAGGGACAAUUUUUUGUAUACUAGCUACAAAAUACUUGAACUAUGGACUACUCAAACUGUCAAAAAAUUAAUGAAUCAAUUUGUUUCACCAUGUCUGAGUACUGUAAGGCAACUUGUCAAAAGUUUUUGUUAAAUCUUUUUAGCUGGAAUCCUGCCUACCAAGUCUUCCUGUUAAAUAGGAACAUCCCUGUUUUGGGGGAAAGGAAAAUUGCCAUUUUACUUCAUGUGUUCCUAUUUCUGUGAGAAAAUUGUAUGUAGUAUUGGACAGUGAUUGACCGUUAGGGUUGGCAGGUUACUGCCUUUAUAAUAAAGGCAGUAACCGUCUUUUCAUAGUGGCUUUCCCGCAUUCCCCAUUAAUCAAUCUAUAAUAAAAUUUGAAGAUUGGUAAUGACUACCUCCUUGUGGGGAUUCCUGCGCAACAGAUUAGAGACAGGCUUUUUGACUGGGUACCUAAUUAGUGUUGCUCGGCUUCCUCACAUUCAAUUCAAUUUCAUUUUAUUGUCCACAUAAAAAUUUGUUUUGCUCAUAAUUAUAUGUAUCACAUGCAUAGAUACGAUUAUACAAAAGUGCAUUAGAAAGCGACAAAUACAAGGGAAAUUCUUCAGGAUAAUGUUAAUCUUUCUGGACGAGGCUUUAUGACUCAACAACUAUGGCAAGCCAAACUGGAUUUUCAGUUAUUUUUCAUUGCAGACACUAAUCCCAAGUUAUGCAGAUGGGCAAUUAUAUAGGUUGGUGGACAUGAGCUCAAUGUGUCCUUGUACAUAUAGCCCAUCUGAACCGUAACGUGAGUAACCACUUUAUCUGCACCCCUAGUAAAAACCAUGUGUUCUUUAUUUUUUGAAUUAUAUACAAAUUUGUCUCCCUAAUAUACUUCUUUGAAAUGGAUAUAAUCAACUUUCAUAAAAGCCUUGUAUGAGGAUACUUUUCACUUAUGGCCACUUUUCAUUUUAUGCAUGUCCAAAUCAUGUAACAUGAGUAACCGACACAUUGCAAAGAUUUGCCAGGAGCAUAAUGAAAUUUCCCAAGUUUUGUUUUUAUACAAAGGAUAGUCAGACUGCGUACUAUGUUGUGAUAAAGAGAUGUUUAGUUCCUAUCAAUAAUAAUGGAGUUACAGCUCUAAGUAUGAGUCAAGGUGUCUCCAAAUGUAACGUGGGUAAUCGUGGAAUAGCCCAGAUGCUGAUGGUCACUCCUACCAUGGGAGCCUUUUUUAAGAGAUUUGGUAAAUCCCCCAAAAGUGAAUGUCACUAUUUAUUACUAGUUUAUAUGAAUGUGUAUUACAUAACAGAGGAAUGUAAUAAUGAGGAUGUGAAAUAAAGUGUGUUUUAUUGGAUAAAUCUGAAAAAAUAACAUGAAAAUUUAUUUUGAUUUGGUGUCCUGUCAAAAUAACAUUCUGUAUAUUUUGGUCUUCUUGUUAUAUAGAAAUAUAUCACUGUAAUUCAGUUGAAUAAAUAAAUUAUUAAGUAAGUAAUUAAUGUAUUUUUCCACUUUUUUAACAUGUCACAAAAAUGUUUGGAUACCAUUUGGCACUUCAUAUUCAGGUUGUGUAGGGUGCUGUUGAUCCAGUCACUGAUGGAUCUACAAAAGCGUUUCAGAUUGUAACAAAUACUUGUAAUAUCAUGAAUGACUGGAGUAUGGGGUGCCAAUCAGCCAAAAAGAGCCAAAAAUGUUCCUAAUGGUAUCCCCAAAAUUGGCAUGGUUAUUUGGUCCAUCGUGUUCUUACAAUAAUAAUGUACAUGCUUGUCUCCUAUUAAUAAUCUACAAACGUGUAAAAUUCAACUUUAAUGCAUUAGUUAUGGUGUGUUCACGCGUAAAACCUUGAAUAAAGCUGCUCAUUUAUACUCUCAUAGAUUCUGAUUAAAUACAUUAAAUAAAAAUUGAUGUGAUAUA